CAAAGUACAUCACAACUUCCCAUCAGAAUCUUCUCUCUUCAGAAAAACCUUUGCUUCAAAGAAAAACCCAAUAUAUCUUCUUUUUAUUGCAUUUCUAGCCAUAGCCCAUUCUCUACAUUUUUAUCAAUUUUCGCAUCAGAAUCUUCAUCCCCCCUCUCUCUUCAAAAAACCUUUGCUUCAAAUAAACCCAAACACAUAUCUUCUUUCUUUUGCAUUUCUAGCCAUAGCCAUUCUCUACCCUUUUUAGCAUUCCCCCCCUCAAUCCUCAGUGAUUUUUUAUUUCUGGGUUUGAUUGACGAAAAGGGUUGCCAGAAAGUUUUUACAUUUCUAGCCAUAGCCAUUCUUGAUUUUCCGAUAUCGAGCAAAUUUUAGUUUGCUCGGUGUUUUAAUGCAAAGGGUAGAAAAAAUUCACAAAAGGGUUACUGUUUUUCUCUUCUGUGGUUAUAGUUAUGCAAGAGAUCUUAGAUAACUAUGAAAACAGUCAAUCCCUACUCUCAACCGCCUCACGCGCCGACACACGCCCCCCACGCUCCGCGGAAGGGGAAUUAACUCCAGCGGAUGACGUCAGCACAAACCCUUUUGACAAAUACGAGCUGGGCAAACUCCUUGGUUGCGGCGCGUUUGGCAAAGUGUAUCAUGCAAGAGACCUUGAGACAGAAAAAAGUGUUGCAAUUAAGGUGGUCUCCAAACAGAAAAUACUCAAAGGUGGUCUGACGGCGCACGUUAAGAGAGAAAUCUCUAUCAUGCGCCGAUUGCGUCACCCAAAUAUCGUGCGCCUACAUGAAAUUCUAGCAACAAAGAAGAAAAUAUGUUUCGUGUUGGAAUAUGCUAUAGGAGGUGAGCUUUUUGCAAAGCUAUCUAAAGGCAGAUUUAGCGAAGAUCUCAGCCGUAGAUAUUUCCAGCAAUUAAUCUCAGCCAUUGGAUACUGCCACUCACGUGGGGUCUACCACAGGGAUUUAAAACCAGAAAAUUUAUUACUUGACGACAAUUGGGACUUAAAAGUUACUGAUUUCGGGUUAAGUGCUGUUACGGAUCAGAUCCGACCCGAUGGGUUGCUCCAUACACUUUGUGGGACCCCUGCUUACGUGGCACCUGAGAUUUUAGCUAAGAAAGGUUAUGAUGGUGGUAAGGUUGAUAUUUGGUCAUGUGGUAUUAUACUUUUUGUGUUCAAUGCUGGGUAUUUACCUUUUAAUGACACAAAUUUAAUGACUAUGUAUAGGAAAAUUUACAAAGGUGAAUUUUGUUGCCCUAAAUGGACUUCACCCGAGUUAAAAAGGUUGUUGACCCGAUUACUCGAUACCAACCCGGUUACCCGUAUCACUAUUGAGGGGAUUAAAAAUGACCCGUGGUUUAAAAAAGGGUAUCAAGAGGUGAAACCGGGUCGCGAAUUCGAAUUCCAAUCCGGAUCGGAUCCGGGUCAUGGGUUCAAAUCCGGGUCUGGUCAUGCCGGGAAAUUCUUGAACGCGUUUGAUAUUAUAUCAUAUUCAUCGGGUUUUAAUAUCUCGAGUUUGCUUAGAGGUAACGGUGGAUUAGUCGAUAAAGAACGUUUCGUGUCUAUGGAUUCGCCCGAGAAGAUAAUCGCGAAAAUUGAGGAGGUGGCGGAAGAAGAGGAGAUGACGGUGGUGCAGAGGAGUAGCGCCACCGUGAAAGUGGAGGGGCAAAAUGGUAAUUCUGAAUUAAUGUUGGUGGUUAACCGGUUAACGGAGAAACUGGUAAUAGUGGAAAUUGAAAAAAGGGAAAAUGAAGGUGAAAUAUGGAAGAAGAAAUUUAAACCGAAGAUAAGUCGAUUUGUUUAUCAAGGGGAAGGAUUGGUUUCUGGUUGCUGAAAAGGACAUUGGCCUAAUUCUUUUAUGAAUUAAUCUAAUAAUUUAGUGAUUAUUUGGAGGGAUCCAAAUUUGAAAAAGAGCAGAUGAAUGCGUUUGUACUAUUAUUAUGCUCUGCUUGCAGUAUUAAUGUUAUACUUCUCCAAAAGUUAUGACAACCAUAUUUAUUUUAUAAAAGCAUAAAAAGGAAUACCGGGUUAUUCAUCUUGUUUUUGCCCGGUAAUUUUUUUUCCAAAUAUUCUUCAAAUGAUAAGAUAAUUACUCUUGACGCAGAGGAUUGAUGUAUUGGAGAUAGAAAGUUACUUUCGAGGAUAGAUGCAAUUGAGACAGGAUGUGACAUGAUGAAAAAUAGUUACUCCAUUCAUUUCACUUUGUUUGAUAUUAUUUUCUUAUUAGUUAUUUGAAGAAAAAAAAUUACUUUUCUAAAUGAAAAAUAAUAAUAAAUUAUAUAAAUAUUAUGACAUGUUUAAAAGAAUAAAUUUUACUUAAUCCCUUUAACCUUUUAAUGGUUGAAAUAAUAUUUACAUCCUCCACAUUUUGAAUGAGAUUGAUAACUCGCUUUCGCUUUGACGCAAAAGUUAACGGUUGGAAAAAAACAACUCUCUGCCGGAAAAUGUGACAAAAGUCAAAACAACUACUAAUAUUCUUGGGGAAAUUUUUGAAGAUACAAAGUUAAACUCUCAUUUUGAUCCGCUUUCUUCUUUUUGUUUUGAAUAAAAAUUUACACAAAGCACAGUUUAAGCUUAGUUUCUGUGUGAAAAGCUUGGCUUAGCUAGAGGCUGCAAAAGGAUGGAACUAAGAGCCCGUUUGGAUUGUCUUAAAGUUGCUGGCUGUUUUCAAUUUUUUUGAGUGUUUGACUGACCAGCUUAUAAGCCAUUUUGUGCUUAAAAUAAGCUGUUUUUUUUUAAGCUAAGCCAAACGGGCCCUAAAAGCUUAUCAUUGUUUGUAUUUGACGAAAUAGAAAACAAAUAUGACCGAACAAGCUAUGAUUGUAGGCACUGAAAUUUAGUCGGACUUAAAUUCACAAAUAAUUGGGAUCAUAUUCCAAAUUCGAGAUGUAUUGGUCCAAACAAAUAUUAUGGGCUAAUAUAAUUGAAUUAAUUGAUUUAGUCCAAUUGGUAUGGAUUUAAUUGAAGGACCAAUUCAAUUGGGCUAGUCUAUCUUGUCGGAUUUCACAUGAUGAGCCCACUCUAUCAGCCCAAGGUCCAUGACACGUGUCAAAUGACGUGGAGCGCCAAGUCAAGUCAAGGACCAAUAAAAUCAUGCCACGUGCAUAAGUGACGCAGCAUGUCAAGUCAGUAGAUGAAUCAAUCAAAUGUCGCCAAGUGUUCAAAUGACAUGGUUCAACCAAUCAUAUACAAACCCUAGCUCUCCUCUGCAACUAUAAAUAGGGGUAUUCAUAAAGCCAAAAAAAAGAAAAAAAAGAAAAAGGAAAAAUACACAGAGAAGCUCUCAGCCGCAAGUCUUCCGCAUACUAAGAAGUCUUCGCUCCAAGUGGUGAGCCGCAAGUUUCCAUACCUCUACGUUUGUGAUUAAAGCUCGGCUCCGCAUCCGUAGUGAAAUAGCAACAACAAGUAAUUCGUCCAUUCAAGAACAAGCAAAGCCCUUGAUUGACGGCCGUAUCGUGAGGAGAAGAAUCAGAGGAUUACAUCUUUUUAUUUAAGAUUUCAUAAAGAUUGUAACCCCCGCACAAAUUCUUGAAAUCAAAUAUUACUCUUUGUCGCUA